GAUUAGUGUUGUUGGUGACUAGUGUCAAAUUGGUGAACUCGUGUUUUAUAUGUAAAGAUGUGUAGAAAUAGUAUUUCUUUGCGAACAUGUGUGUACGUUAGUGUAGUGGUUGCUAAAGUGGUUGUCUGUGUGAGCGGGGUCAGUGUGUGAGGGGAAAGGCAGGGAUAGAGUAUGCACUGCACUUUUAUAUGAGUAUAUGUUAUGCAUGGGUGAUGUAGUGUGUAAAGAGUGUCCAAUACGACUGCCGACGACGACGACGUCAGAUACCAAGACUGUAAACUUGUGGAACGGAAGAAAAGUAAAACAGUAAAAAUGUCUACCACCAGUCAUAGGCAUCGCUAUAAAAAUGCUGGAAUGGAUUCUUCCGAGAUGCGUAGAAGGCGCGAAGAGGAGGGCAUACAGAUACGUAAGCAGAAGCGGGAGCAGCAGCUCACCAAGAGACGCAAUGUGGUUUUGGAUAAUACCGCAAAUAGCAUGGUAAAUAGUAUGGAUAAUGAUAUAAUGCAGCAGGAGUCUGAAAUGCCAAAUGAUGUUCAAACUAGUGAUGGCAGUUUAGAUUUGUCCAAACUUGCACAUGCUGAUCAACAUUCUCAGUUCCAACAAAUACCUCAAACGGUGCUCAAUCACCAACAACAACAGCAGCAGCAGCAACAACAACAAAAUCACUAUGUUAGCCCCAUGCCAUCGCAGCCAAUGCAACAUGCUGCGACGACAAAUAUGAUCAUUAAAAAGGAAAUGAUCGAUGCUCUCUACAGCGAUGUGGAGAGUAUUCAGUUGGAUGCCACGCAAAAGUUUCGAAAACUUUUGUCCAGAGAUCCAAAUCCGCCAAUAGAAGAAGUUAUACAAAAGGGUAUUGUCCCAAGAUUUGUUCAAUUUUUAAAGAACAACAACAAUGCUUCAUUGCAGUUUGAGGCAGCUUGGACACUAACGAACAUUGCUUCUGGCACAUCGCAACAAACUAAAAUAGUCAUUGAAGCCGGUUCCGUUCCAAUAUUUAUUGAACUUCUCUCGAGUCCUCAUGACGAUGUGCAAGAACAAGCCGUCUGGGCUUUGGGAAACAUAGCCGGAGAUUCACCAGCCUGUCGUGAUCAUUUGCUAAACUCUGGCAUAAUGCAGCCACUACUGCACGUUUUGAGCACCACCGAACGUUUGACCAUGAUACGCAAUGCUGUAUGGACCCUUUCGAAUCUGUGUCGUGGCAAAAAUCCUCCAGCUGACUUUACAAAAAUUGUUCACGGCUUACCAAUAUUGGCAAGAUUACUCAAUCACACAGACACCGAUGUUCUUAGCGAUACGUGUUGGGCCAUAAGUUAUCUCUCCGAUGGGCCAAAUGAUAAAAUACAAGCCGUCAUAGACGCCGGUGUAUGUCGACGUUUAGUCGAGUUACUAAUGCAUCCUCAGAAUAAUGUAGUCACUGCUGCCCUGCGUGCUGUUGGCAAUAUUGUGACUGGCGACGAUGUUCAAACACAAGUCAUUUUAAAUUGCAACGCAUUGCCCUGCAUUAGUCAUUUGUUAACCUCACCUAUGGAUACCAUAAAAAAGGAGGCCUGUUGGACGAUCUCAAAUAUUGCUGCUGGCAACCGUCAACAAAUCCAAGCUGUCAUUGAUGCUAAUAUAUUUCCAAUACUUAUCAAUAUUAUGCUGCAAACGGCCGAUUUUAAGACAAGAAAAGAAGCCGCCUGGGCCAUAACAAAUGCCACAAGUAGUGGUACAGCUGAACAAAUACGAUAUUUGGUCCACCUUGGCUGUAUUAUCCCCAUGUGCGACUUUUUGACGGUUGUUGACUCCGAUAUUGUGCAGGUGGCUUUAAAUGCAUUGGAAAAUAUACUCAAGGCUGGCGAGAAAUUCCCCGAACGACCAAAUCCAUAUGCCAUGGCCAUUGAAGAAUGCGGAGGCUUAGACAAAAUUGAAUAUUUACAAUCACAUGAAAAUCGUGAUAUUUAUCAUAAAUCCUUCUAUAUUAUCGAACAGUAUUUCGGUAAUGAGGAAGAAGAUGAACGUGUGGCACCCUCCGUCGAUGGCAAUCAAUAUUCAUUCAAUACGGAUUUAGGUGCACCCCAAGGAGGUUUUAAUUUCUAGCCUUGUAAUAUAAUUUUAAAACAACACCAGAAACAACCUCACAAAUUUGUUAGGAUGAUUGUAAUAAGAAGAAGAACAACAACAACAGCAACAACAACAACAACUCUAAUUUAAUUAGUUAGUGAACCGCAAGCUUCAUGAACAAAACAAAUGCAUCAAACAUGCUACAUAUUAUUAUUGUACUACUAACUUAAAAAAAAAAAGUCUGCAUGAUAAAUGAAUGAAGCAUUGAUUUCCUAUUGAAACCACAAGAACAUACACCAUGAUGAUAAUGUGGAUGAUGAUUAUCAUGUUAAAUGACUCAAGUUAUAUGGCUUAAGAACCGUGAAGAUGAUGAAGAUGAUGAUGAUGAUGAUGUUCUAUGACACAUUGGAACUUAGUGAACGAGCAAAUGACAAUUUCCGCUCCAGAAUGAAAAUAUGAAAAGAAAAAAGAAAUAACUUCCAAAAGCAUAAAACCUAGUGAACAAUUUUGUAAACAAUAUAUGUUGCCACAUCUAUUUCA